AUGUUGCGACUGUUUUUGGUUACACUUAUCAGCCCCACGGCAAUCGGCGGAUUCCGUGCGCCGAAUGAGGUUAAUUUGGAUUUUGAAAUUCAACGGCAGCCUGGUGAUAAGUAUUAUAGAGCCAAUAUCAAGGAUGAUGAUAUGAUGGAGAUGUAUCAGAAAUGGAUUGACACCGGGCUCAGCUCGUUAAUGUCAGCAAUCGCUAAUCAAAAGUGAGUUUAAGGCUAUGCGAAAAAUUCUGGAUAAAAACUUCACCCCAGGGUAGAACAUGUUGGCUUAUAUAAUAUAUAUUGUAUCAGGGGUACCCUUUGAUUUUGUAAAAUUCUAGUCGAUAUACUAUAUAUUACUAGGCCACAUUCCACGCCCUGAAGUCUUUAGUUAACACGUUGAAAACUUAUCUAGGAUAUUCAUUUUUUCUGCGAGAGAGUAGGUAAAGCAACUAGAGCCGAGCAGACAUGCAGCCUUUCCGGUAAUUAAUGUUUGAUCGCUAAAAGAGAGCGCCGAAUAUCUUGCAUUGCCUUGGAAAAAGCAAUUUUAAAUUAAGUUUGUAUAUGACCUAGUUGGAGUAUGUUUGCAAAGUUCGAAAAAAGUGGAAAUUUUACACUUGACGUCCCUUCUUAUUAAAGGUUUUUAGCCCCAUUUUUGAAGACAUUUCAUGUCCUAAAUUCCAACACUUUUCUGAUGAGUUGAAAAGCCCUUCCGCAUGGCCUCCUAAACACCUCAUAUUUCAGACUAAAACGUCAACGUAGAACUGUCAUCCAGCAAUACGGCCAAUGCUCUGCCAAAGCAACAGACAUUCCAAAGCACGCCAAAUGCCUAACCAAACUCCUCAACGACGAAAUUAAGCCACAACCCAGUUACAAAUCUCGGAAAGUGAGUCGACUCUUUCGCUACAAAGGGUCAAAUUUGUGGACCGGCAGCUUUAAGACGGAUGGCAGAUCGGAUUUCCGGCUACGACGAUCUUUAUCCGCCAAGUCAUCCACCUAUUACAAGCUGAAUUCCAACAAACAGAAGCUAACUCCGUUUGGGAGAAUCGCGAAAUCGCUUUUAGAAUCGGUGAAAAAGAUGAAAAAGAAAGAAAACUUGCCAAAAUGGCAGGAAACUGUAAAAAGUUUGAGGGAAAAUGGCAAAAAACGGAGAAAGUUCAAGGAAUUGGUGGAGAACGAUAGCGAAGAAACCCUAAGCCAAAUCCAAAUGGCUGCAUUCAAGUCGAAACUCAUGAAUAAAACCGAGCUAACCGCCGACAUUGAUGUCGACGGGAUGGUGGAGGAUCCAAAAAAGCUCAAAGAAUUUUUGAAAAACCGCAAAAAACCAAUCACACAAGAGGAAAGGGUCGUAAAUUUGAUUCGCAACGGCAUGAAGUUGGCUUAUUCGCUGGCCGGACAAAAUACGACCGAUUUUGAGAGCAAAACAAUGAAGUUAAUCUCGCCCAGAUUUUUGGGACUUGUGCCGGAUGAAGAGGAGGAGGAGAAGGACUCGGUAAGUGAGGGAAAAAUACGUUCUGUCCUGAUCAUUUUGCCUUGAAAUUUCACAAAGAAAGUUGUCGAAGUUUGACGCUCCAAUUUUAUUAAAUAAGGGCCUAGGUCACAUAUUAAUUCUUGAAAAAUAGAACUAAAUUUUUCAGAAAUUCAUAUGCAGCCUAUGCCCAAAGUUUUUGCCAAGUUUAACCAAAAUCUGAGCGUCGCACGUCAAACUGAGACAAGCUAAAGCAGUCGGGUGAAUGGAUUGGUCAUUUGCCAAAAAAAGACGCGAAAAAACGCUUUGUCGGGGAAGAAAUGGGGAAUUUUUCGGGCGAGAGAGUACGCUUUUGCGUGUCUUUUUUCUCUCUUUCUCUGCGAAAUCAAGGCGAAGUGUAAAAAACCGAUAGCGAAGAGUCUGUUCCGGUCACCGGACUCCUCAGUUUGACAUGCGUCGGACAUUGAAAAAUUCCCAGUUUAUUAAAGCUAGCUUAAAAUGAUAAAAUUCAAAGUGAUUUGUUGAGAGAAAUUUUGAUUUUCUCUAAUGCAGACAGCCAUUUUUUGGGGAAAAAUAAUCAAUCAGCGGCUUUUGUCAAAAAAUUUCUUACCUUUCUGGGGCCCUUUUAGUAAUCCAAAAAAGAUUCAACUCUCCCGUACAAAAAUCACUUCAGAUCAACGUAAUCUCCCCCUCACUGUUUGCCCUUCACAAUGAAGGCAAAGGAAUCGAGAACCUAACUAGUCUCCCCAACCUCCUCCAAGGAUUCUCCAGCCAAGACCAACAACUUUGGCUGGAUGUGAUUAUGGAAGCGACCGGGGUCAACGACGAAGACGCCAAGUUGAAGGAGCAGGUUCAGCACUAUGAAUUCAACAAAACGAUGAGUCUAAUGACGAACAUUACCAACUUGAAAGACGAACAUGGCGCUCCGUAUUAUGCGACAAAGGAGAAUAUAACAGAACUGGGCGGGUCGACGGAAACGAUUGAGCUGUUUGAAAAGCUGAAUCAGAAUUUCAGCAAAACUCAGGUGAGUUUAGAUAAAGAGAAAAUGAAAAAAGCGACUAUUAAGCGACUAUUAAAUGCGUUGAUUUCUCCAAAUUUAUAUGUGAAAAUUUGGCUGAAAACUCUAAAAUUCUCCGCUUCUAGCUCCGCGAAAUGAACAGUACUGGCUAUUCAAUCCUUACCAAGCCGCAAAUCGAGCUUCUCUACGGUCCCUCCUCUCCCCAUCCCAAGCUCGAAGUCUACAGACGCCUAAUGAAUAUGAGUGAGCCUCAAAUCCGCCGACAAAUGCGGAAAGAGUUCGAAGUUAUGGCCAAGAUGAAGGAGAUCAAAAUCGACAAACCCCAAUUCGAAACCGACAAUGGUCAUGUCCGCCGGAAGCGUCAGCUUUUGCCCGGCAUUGUUCUCUCGCCUAUCGCCAACACAAUCGCCCUUCUGAACCCGCUGCUGGCGUCGCAGCCGUUCAUCUUGUCGCCCGUUUUGCUGACUCCAAUCAUCUUGUCGCCCUCUGUUUUUGGCGCGGUAAUCUUGUCGCCCUGGUUGUUCGUUCCCGUUAUUUUGGCCCCUCGUGUUCUGGGCUCUCUAAUCUUGUCACCGUUCGCCUUAUCUCCUCUAAUUCUGACCCCGUUCGCAAUGCAUCCGGCGAUUUUGUCGCCCGGAGUUUUGUCGCCGAUUAUCUUGUCCCCCUUGCUUAUGGUCCCAUUUGUUUUGUCUCCGCAAUGUUUCACGCCGGUCAUCUUGUCGCCGCUUUGUCUCUCCCCCGUUAUUUUGAACCCUAUGGUGGGAUCUCCACUGAUAUUGUCGCCAUUUGUCCUAUCUCCCAUUGUGGGAUCACCUAUGGUUCUGUCGGCCCUGGUCUUGUCCCCGUACGCCCUCUCACCAGUCGUUUUCAGUCCAUUAAUCGCGUUUGUCGUAUUUUUGUCGCCGUCGUGGCUCAGCUAA